AUGAAAGAAAAAUGGAAUUUUAUAUUUUAUUUGAUAUGGUUUUCAUAUUUGAUAAUGUCUGCUGUGCUGAUGUUUGGUCAUGGUUUCCUACUUUCUCGAAAAACUAUGAGUGAUAUUACAGAAUGUCAGCAUUUGGAAACAUUCGACUGCAGUGGACGAGAAAGAGGGAACUCAAGUAUUGAAGAAUCGUGCACAUUGGAUGAGAAAAUAAAACAAAUUUUAAGCGUGACCGGCUCUCCGUUAAUAUGCGCUCCAUCCCAUGGAAGAGUUGUCUUUAUUUUAGUAGACGCAUUGAGGUAUGACUUCACAGAAUAUGAUGACAAACUAGAAAAUCCUUUACCCUACCAGAACAGGCUGCCAGUGAUGCAAAGGACUCUUGAAUUAUGCCCCGAUUGUGUGCGCCUGUUUCGUUUCAUCGCAGACCCACCAACAACCACUCUUCAACGUGUUAAAGCUCUUGUAACUGGUUCACUUCCCACUUUCAUCGAUGCAAGCUCUAAUUUUGCAGCUAUGGAGUUGCAAGAAGAUAACAUCAUAGAUCAGGUGGUGAAUGCUGGACAUCAUGCAGUAUUAUUAGGAGAUGACACUUGGUCGAGACUCAUGCCAAGAAGAUGGUUCCGGGCUCAUACAAUGUACUCAUUCCACACUUGGGACCUUGACACUGUAGACAUAGAAGUUGAUUCAAAAAUAUAUGAUGAACUCAAAAAAGACGAUUGGGAUCUACUGGUAGCACAUUAUUUAGGAGUUGAUCAUGCCGGUCAUAGGUAUGGUCCAAACCAUUCAGAAAUGAAACGUAAAUUGGAUGAAACUAAUGCAAGAAUUGAGAAAAUCAUAGAAAUUAUACCUAAAGAUGUCAUCCUGUAUGUUGUUGGAGACCACGGAAUGACUGAAUCAGUCUUACAUGAAAUGGACCACAAGGGAGAUCAUGGUGGAGAGAGUAAGGCAGAAAGAACAGCUGCAAUGUUUGCAUAUCGUGGUGCUGGAUUUGGUGGUCAAAGCCCAGAUAUACAAACAGGUAGAGAAGUUCAACAGACUGAUUUAGCGCCAACAAUGAGUGCUGCUUUUGGUCGCCCACCGCCUGCUCCAUCCCUUGGCAACAUUUUGUUUCCAGUACUGCCAAAAAUGACCGUAGCCGAGACACUACUGCAUUUAACUAACAGCCUCAAGCAGGUUUCUCAAUACUUAGUCCGUUACGGUGAAGAAUCUCAACAGGUAUCUUUAGAUCGAUUGGCGCAUCUUAUUAACGCGACAAGAGAACAGAUAGAGAAAGCUGCAACGGUAAAGACUGAAGAUGAUCUCUCUAUUUACGUUUCAAAUGUUAGAUUGUUAAUGGACAACGUGCGUAUAGUUUUUCGGGAAGUUUGGGUUGAGUUUGACACAGUUUCAAUGCUUAGAGCACUUUUGUUACUUAUUCUGGUGAUAUUUUUUAAUUGGUUGAUUGUUGAAGGCAUACCCAUAGAACGUCUUCCAAAUAUUUUUGCAAGCACUUUCGUUUCUUGUGGCCUGAUAUCAAUGGCUAUUUGCGUAAGCGUAUGUUACACUGUCUUUCAUUUUGAACUGUUAGAAGAUGUUCAUCAUGGCGUUAUUUUAAGCACGGGCUUAAUAUCUAGUGCGUUGACUUGCGUUUUGGUGAUCAUGCAUUGGGACGGUAUUUCACAACGAUGGUAUGAAGGGAGAUCGCCAAUUUACGAGAGAUUUGCCCGAGGCGCCUUAAUGGCCUCAGCUGCUGUGUUAUUAUCUAAUAGUUACAUUAUAGAAGAAGGAGCUGAAUUAUCUUUUCUAGCGUUAUCGGUAUUGGGCACGAUUGCUUGGAAUAUUGGGACGAUUAAGGCUUUCACUUUGUGGGUGGGUUUCGGAGCCACAUUAGUAAUUAGUAGAUCGUAUAGGGGAUGUAGAGAGGAACAAGGAGAUUGUUGGACUUCAAUAGGUGUUGGCUCAACUGGACAGGCUUCCCGGACAGCGUUAGUAAUGGCUUUAGGUUCAAUGGCAGCCGUGGUUGCAAUAGCGAGACGACAUGUCGGUUGGCGCGGUCAUGGUGUCGUCUUGGCUGGUUUGUUUGCAUGCGCCCAUUGGGCCCUCGGUUGGGGGGCUUUAGGUUCGCCCAGCAGAUCAAGACAACUAGCCCGUGGAUCAUGGCUGAUACUCGGAUCGAUGUUCGUUUUGCUUUGGAAAAGGGAAAGGUUUGGAGCAAUACUGCCGUUAAUUGUGUGCAGUUUACUCUUCUUCAUUGCCAACGCCCUCGUUCUUGGUGCGUCUUUUGCUCCGUCUGCCGCUUUAGGACUAUUGGCUGGAUAUUUGGCUCUUAACGUUGUUUCCAUGAUGAAGAAUGGGAACUCUAAAUUCUCAUUAUCAACUCGAUGCAGCUCGAGUGUGGCGUGCAUGUGGGCUCUGCUGGCGUCUUACCAAUUUUAUGGAACGGGUCACCAUGCCACGUUGGGCCACGUACGAUGGGCCCCGGCCUUCCACGCCGGUGAUCCCAACUACCUCCCUAUUGGACCUUUUGUUACCGGUGCUCUUGUCUCCUUGGAAUUAUUUGGUAUGCCAUUUAUGUUCGGUGCCGCGGUUCCCUUGCUCGCGCUGUGGGGACGCAACGGUGCGGCCGCGGCGGGUCCCAGGACACAGAUGGCGGCUGUCUUCACACUGUGCCUCAAGUUUGGAUUGUGUUUUGCUGUCAGAGUGUUCAUGAGUGCAUUAUCGGCUACAAUACACUGUCGCCACUUAAUGAUAUGGGGCGUGUUCACACCGAAGCUCUUGUUCGAGAGUGGGGCUUGUGCGGCCGCCCUGCUCGGUACCGUGGUGGGGGCCACGCUGACGGCCUGGCACGUGCCUACACAGAUUAAGCCCAGUUGACAAAAGCGCAGCUGAUAACAAUAACGAGAAGCUUGUCGUAUUCAAAUCGAAGACUCAAUAUUUUACUACAGAUAAUAAAAAGUACAAAAUUAUGGAUAUUCCCUUUGAGAAGUGAAGCUUCUUGUUUUUAUAGAUGUCUUGAUGGAAUCUCGGAACACGGUUUCAUAGAAUGUGUAAGAAAAUGUAAUAGUAUUACAGUACGGAUGCAAGCAAUUGUUAUAGUGCCUUAUUUAUUAUUUGUUGGUGGGUUCAAAGCUGUACCGAGUUUGGAUUGGCUUGAAUUAUAUAAGAAUUUUACGAUAAAGCGGGACCGAAAAUGAUUAGUCUGUUAAGACUAUCUCACUGAGUCAGUACUAUAAAAACUGAGACCUUAGAACUCAUAUCUCAAGGUUGGUGGCAGCAUUUACCUUGUAGAUGUCUAUUGGCUCCGGUAACCACUUAACACCAGGUAGGCCGUGAGCUCGUCCACCCAUCAAAGCAAUAAAAACAAAAGUAUGUAUUAUUACUUAAGGUCUUGUAUUAUAGUUUCGCCUUGUUUAUAAUCGAAUGAAAUGUUCUGAGAUUUCAUUAUUAGAUUAAUUCACGAACUGUUUUUAUUUAUAUUU